AUGAUCCGCGAAACAGAGGCCUCUAAUAUCAAUAACGGAGCUUCUACAGAGCCAGGAAUCGAAAGCCACAGCAUCACUGACGCUGACGUGGUUGAAGCGCUACAGAAGGGUAUUUACGAAGCUGCAAGGGAGGAGCUGAUCAACCAAGGAGAGGCGUCACUAUAUUAUGACUCCUUGACCAUGUCGCCUUUGAAUGCAAUGUCCUCUGCCGCUAUUGCUCGCUUUCGAGCAUACAAGCCCCCUGCAUUCCCGCUAUGGGAUCGUUUACCAGUUCGAAGACGGGCGGCUGUCUUGAUACUGCUGUAUGCUGACCGUCGCGGCGAUUUACGUGUGGUAAUUACCAUGCGCGCCGCAAGUUUGAGGAGCUUUUCUGGACAUGCGGCCUUUCCGGGAGGCAAGGCGGAUGAUGCUGAAGAAACGCCAUUCCAGAUCGCCCGCAGAGAAGCGUGGGAGGAGAUUGGACUUCCAAUGGAUGAUACCAAGCUCCCUAAACCUUUCCGUAUUGAACAUCUCUGUUAUCUGCCUCCUUCUCUAGCCCGGACACAUCUUGUUGUACGACCAUGUGUUGCGUUUCUACAUUCAGACCAACGGACAGCAGGAGAGCCCGCUCCUACUGUAGACGAGACCAUGAUCCCCAGGCUAGACGCACGAGAAGUCGCCGCGGUGUUUAGCGCACCCUUCUACAACUUUCUUAAAGCGAGCGAUCUCCCUCCUGCGCCCGGCGAGACGCUCCCAGAGGGACAAUGGUAUGAUGGGUUUUGGCACUCGUGGAAAGACCACCAGUGGCGGGUGCACAACUUUUACGUUCCUGUCAACAACCAGAGCAUCUCCAAACCGCGACGGGACAGCGAGCAAAGCCGUCUGGUUGACAAGCUAGAAACCGAGGAGGAGCCAGAUGGCCGGUUUAAGGUCUGGGGUAUGACAGCGCGUAUACUGGUGGAUGCAGCAAGGAUCGCAUACGCGCAGGAGCCUGCAUUUGAGCAUAAUGACAGUUUGGGUGAUACGGAGAUCAUUGCGCAUGCAGAUAGUCUGGGAGAUUUGGGGGAUAAGGUUGAGGAAAAGAAGGCGGAACCUGUUGACGCUGCAAAGAUGUAG